GCGGCGGAGGAGGCGCAGGAGGCGGAGGCGGAGGCGGGCGCGCGGGCUGGCGGCGGCCGCGGUGGGCGCUCCGAGCCGGAACCGCCGGGGCACUUGGGCGCCACGUUCGCGGGCACCGGCCCCGAGGAUGCUGGCCGCGGGCUGCUGCUGAGCCUGCCCCCGCCGCUGCUUCCCGCGGGCCUGCCGCCCCCUCGCCAGCUGUGGGUGAACCUGCAGGCUGCUCGCCCACCCGGAGGACUUUUUUGGAAAGGCAACCAGGGAGGGAGGGAGAGGGAGAGCGCGCAGGGGAGCCCGUCCGUCCACUGAAGCGCAGUUCACUAUGAUCUUACUCACAUUCAGCACUGGAAGACGGUUGGAUCUCGUGCAUCAUUCGGGGAUAUUUUUCUUGCAAACCUUGCUUUGGAUUUUAUGUGCUACCGUCUGCGGAACGGAGCAGUAUUUCAAUGUGGAGGUUUGGUUACAAAAGUACGGCUACCUCCCGCCGACUGACCCCAGGAUGUCGGUGCUGCGCUCUGCUGAGACCAUGCAGUCCGCCCUGGCCGCCAUGCAGCAGUUCUACGGCAUCAACAUGACGGGCAAAGUGGACAGAAACACCAUCGACUGGAUGAAGAAACCUCGAUGUGGUGUACCUGACCAGACAAGAGGUAGCUCGAAAUUUAAUAUUCGUCGAAAGCGAUAUGCAUUAACAGGACAGAAGUGGCAGCACAAACACAUCACUUACAGUAUAAAGAACGUAACACCAAAAGUGGGAGACCCUGAGACCCGGAAAGCUAUUCGCCGUGCCUUUGACGUGUGGCAGAAUGUAACUCCCCUGACGUUCGAAGAAGUUCCCUACAGUGACUUAGAAAAUGGCAAACGCGAUGUGGACAUCACCAUCAUUUUUGCAUCUGGUUUUCAUGGAGACAGUUCUCCCUUUGAUGGAGAGGGAGGGUUUUUGGCACAUGCCUAUUUCCCUGGACCGGGAAUUGGGGGAGAUACUCAUUUUGACUCAGAUGAGCCGUGGACACUAGGAAAUCCUAAUCAUGACGGAAAUGACUUAUUUCUCGUAGCAGUCCACGAACUGGGACACGCUCUGGGGCUGGAGCAUUCCAAUGACCCCACGGCCAUCAUGGCUCCCUUUUACCAGUACAUGGAAACCGACAAUUUCAAACUACCUAAUGAUGAUCUGCAGGGCAUCCAGAAGAUAUAUGGUCCACCUGACAAGAUUCCUCCACCGACAAGACCUCUACCAACAGUGCCCCCACACCGCUCCGUUCCUCCGGCCGACCCCAGGAAGAAUGACAGGCCCAAACCUCCUCGGCCGCCCACUGGCAGACCUUCCUAUCCUGGAGCCAGACCCAACAUCUGCGAUGGGAACUUCAACACUCUAGCUAUUCUCCGCCGGGAGAUGUUUGUUUUCAAGGACCAGUGGUUUUGGCGCGUGAGAAACAACCGAGUGAUGGACGGCUACCCCAUGCAAAUUACUUACUUCUGGCGGGGCUUGCCACCUAGUAUCGACGCGGUUUACGAAAACAGUGAUGGGAAUUUUGUCUUCUUUAAAGGUAACAAAUAUUGGGUGUUCAAGGACACGACUCUUCAACCUGGUUACCCUCAUGACCUGAUUACUCUCGGAAGCGGAAUUCCCCCUCAUGGGAUUGACUCAGCCAUUUGGUGGGAGGACGUUGGGAAAACCUAUUUCUUCAAGGGGGACAGGUAUUGGAGAUAUAGUGAAGAAAUGAAAACCAUGGAUCCUGGCUAUCCCAAACCAAUCACAGUCUGGAAGGGCAUCCCUGAAUCUCCUCAGGGAGCCUUUGUGCACAAAGAAAAUGGCUUUACAUAUUUCUACAAAGGAAAGGAGUAUUGGAAAUUCAACAACCAGAUACUCAAGGUAGAACCUGGAUAUCCCAGAUCCAUCCUCAAGGAUUUUAUGGGCUGUGAUGGACCAACAGACAGAGACAAAGAAGGACACAGCCCGCCAGACGAUGUAGACAUUGUCAUCAAACUGGACAACACAGCCAGCACUGUGAAAGCCAUAGCCAUUGUCAUCCCCUGCAUCCUGGCCUUAUGCCUCCUUGUACUGGUUUACACUGUGUUCCAGUUCAAGAGGAAAGGGACACCCCGCCACAUACUGUACUGUAAGCGCUCUAUGCAAGAGUGGGUGUGAUCUAGGGCUUUUUCCUGUCUUUCUUUUCCAGGAGUUUGUGGUAACUUGAGAUUCAAGACAAGAGCUGUUAUGCUGUUUCCUAGCUAGGAGCAGGCUUGGCGGCCUGGAUCAGGGCUGACCUUUCAAACCCAGAGGGUUGCUGGUCCUGCACAGGAGUGGAAACACACUCGUGGGGACGCUUCCAUGAUGCACAGUAUCUGCCCUUCUUCAGUCGUCUGUCUCUCCUUGUCAUUCAGUUCUAGGCCUUUCCUCUGCACGCUCAAUGCCCAGUAAAUUUUCAGCAUUAACUAAAGAAGAGGAGAAAAGAAGAAAAGAUUCUUCUGAAAGGUUUCUAAUAUUAUUUUCCUUCUGAAGUCUGAGCCCAUUUCUUGGGGGCGGGGAGGGGGGUAAAAAAAAAAAGCAAAACGGAAAACCCAUGAAUUUUUGCUUUAGAGCAAAGAGAAAAAAAGGUUAAACAAAAAAAACCCCACAGUUGAACUUUCAGGAAAGUGUGAAGACCCAAAACAGCUUUGUCUCCAAAGAAGAUAGCUCUCUGACUGCUACAGAUAGUCUCCUACGCUUCGUUUUUUUGUCAGGUGGGAGAUUGGAACACACACGCAGGACGUUAGACUGUCGGGACAGCCAUUUUCCAACAAACAAGGGGCCAAAAUAUCUGCAAUAUAGUAACAGCCUUAAAAAUACAUCCAUUUUUCGUUUUAUACAGCUGUUCUCAGCUAUGUCCUCAAUGUUGCAUCACAUUUAUAUUCAUAGCUGUAUUCAAACAGGACCUUUUCAUUGUUUGGGAGUGUUUCUAAACCCCUUCUGCCACCUUCCCCCUGCAUCGCUGUGAUAAUGUCCCCAAGUUGUAUUAGGCCAUUGCCCCAGGCCUCCCAGGGGUCUGUCAGGAAUAUUCACUAUAAGAAGAGUAAGAAGCAGUGUGUCUCUGAAGUCGUCUAAAGUGGCAGUUGUUUUUUAAGGGUGUGUGACACUAGUGAUGCAUUGCUGUAACCCUUUGAGAACUAUCAGAUCAGCUUUCAGAGUCUGAGGAUGGUCAGUCUUGCUCUCUGGUAAAUUACAGAACUGGGCAAUGGUGAAAACAGGCACAGGCUCAAGAAUUCAGGUUUUUAAAACAGAUAUCCUAUAACCCAAUGUAAUUUUUAAAGAAUUUACGGUACUACAGAAAUGCAUUUAUAACAGAAGUGAUGUUACUUGCCAAAAAGUUCUCUGGCAAAUAAAAAGAUAUUUUAUUAAGUAUCUUGUAAGAGUGAGAUUUUAUUUGAAUGACUGAUGACAGUAUCCAAAGUCUUCUUUUUGUUGUUGUUAGACAUACUGAAUUUCUGUUUUAAAAUCCGUUGCAUGAAAAUUCCAUUUGCCUUGGUACAUGCAGUUGGCAUUGCCAUUUAAAAAAUGAAUUAAAAUGAUGACUCUGAGAUUGCAUGAAUAUCCUCCAGCGCAUUACCUGUUGCAUGUCAAUCAUAGUUCUCAAAGGGUUCCUGUGGCUUCUGGCCUUUAGCCAUCCGAUUGAUCACUGACAGAGCCAAGAGACCACCAAAGCAUUUCAUUGUUGCGUGUGAUUUGUCCUAAAGCAGUGUUGUCAUUUUCAUGUGACCUGCAGAGCAGGUUUGUAUCAAUAAUUUUUUCCUAGAGAAAAGUCAGCAACUGACAGACCUCUAUUGAUUUUUAGGAGCUGCUUCUUGCAGUGAAAGGCUUUACAGCCACUGGGCUGUGAACUUACUAGAGAUGGUCAGAACGAAUGCACCCCAUGAGUCAGACAUUGGCUUUGUGUGAAAGCCAGCUUUUGAGGGGAUUAGCUUUUGAAACAAUGAACAGCUUGCCUUGAACUUGAUUACUGAUCUGUUGACUGUCAUUACAACCUAAACAUUGUCUUCUGUGAAAAAUUUCCUUGAACGGUCCCGUUCUAUGUCUGUUGCCCUUUGACCUUUAACUUGCAAACUGGCACAAACUGAAGGAGUCUGGUGUUGCUUCUCCGUUGGAGUGUUAAUUGUUCGCUAAAAACCUAGUAAGCACGAGCUGUUUCCUCAGAGUGGAGAGAGAAAGAAUGUUGAUGGUGGAUCCGCAGAUGGACACUGCUCUUCACAUGCCCACUCUAAAAAUGCCCUAUACGUAGAAGUGACUUUUAAUUUUCCUUCAAUAUAAUUUCAAGUCUAAAUUCAUCAUUUUAGUACAAAUAUAAAACCAUAGGGGGGAAAAAAAACCUCAAAAUACUUGAAUGGCCAGUGUGGCUUUUAUAUAAAGCAGGAAUUUUAUACUAGUGAAAAUUUCUUACUCAUUUGCUAAUAAUACACGUUUCCAGAUGAUUUUUAAUGAGUGUAGGUAUACAUUCUUAUUUGGAAAUGGAUAGUUUGGCUGCCUUGAAUUUAUAUUUAUACUCAACAUAGCAUGGAAAUUAGAAUGCCUUUCGGUUAAACUACAUGUUUAUGAUUUGGUUGGGGAAAAUAUUUUGUAAUCAUCGGUGGCAUGCCGCACAGCCUUGCAGACUGCUAUUUCUUACAACCGGAACGUAUAUAAUGUAAGGCUAAGAAAAAAGAACAGUUAAAAAAAGAGGAAUGUCUUCACAGCAAAACAUUAUGCAAUGCAGACUGUAUUUUGACAAGAUGUGGGAGAUUAUGUAUGUGAGGGCCAAGAAAGCAAUGGAGGGGAACAGAAUUAGCCCAGCAGCUUUUCUUCAGUGCUUCCAUUCUAGAAGAUGCUGAUAUUAUAAAGAGUUAGUCACUUCUACUGAGCAUGGAGGACUAUGUACGUAAGCUCAUUUAUACGGUGUUUGCUUGUAGGCGAGUUUGAUCCUUUUAGGACCUUGAUGUCAAGACAAAAAAAUGACUGGAAAUUAUAUUUUGCUAAAGAUAGAAAUGAGGAAAUAUGUCAUUUUGGGACAUGUGUAAAUCAUUGAGGAAUUUCAUCAACCUGCAUUGAAAAUUGAUUUUCUUUUUUUCUCUAAAGUGAGAGAGAAACUUAAGAAGCAAUGUUUUGCCUCUUUACUCAUUUGUCACAAUGUCUGGAUUCAUCAUAAGACUAUAAGUAUAUAAGGGCUGGAAAAUAAUCAUAGCAUUAAGAAGAGAAGAAUGCUAUCCUUAUGCUUGAAUUCUGGAAGUAUCAUGAAUAAGUGUUGGAUCAUAUUUACUUCAAUAUGAGAUGAGAUUUAUGUGAUAGGAAAAGGCAUAUAUGGCUUCUCUCUUUACAAGGACAUUUAAAUUUUCAGGUUGUGAGACUGCAAGAGAUAAGAAAAUAUUAAGUACAACACAAUGACAAACACCAGGAUUCUGUUUGUUUAUUGUACCCUGGGCACUUUGCCAGUAUUGGUUAACCGACUCCCCUUCCUCUUGGGGUUUGGAAAAGAAAUCGUGAUCCUAAUGGAAUAGUGAAAGGGAGAGUGACUAAUUGGUCUAUACAUAAGAAGAGUGACUCAAAAACAAUGUGGAAUAAAUUUCCAGGGGUCAACAACAUAAUGUGCCAGUUCAGUAUCAAUAAAGACAUACAAUCUAUCAAAUAUUUUUCAUCAUCCCAUCGCUAACAGCAUGGAAAGUUGAGACAUAGGGUUUCCCAAAUUCAAAUGAAAACACAUUCGUGAUCACAAAAGAAAAUUCUCAUUUCCUUAUUUCUCAUUACUUUAACCUAUCAUGUAAACAAAGUAAUGUUCCUUACAUAAAUUAACUAUAUAGUUUAUAAUUUUAGCCAAAUAUUGUUAUUCUAUAUAUUAUUAACUGGACAGAAUGAAGUAUUGAAAUAGCCAAUCAGUUCUGUAUUCUCUAUAAAGCAGUAAAUCCACCUCAAAGGAGGUUGUGAAUUUAACUAUUGAUUUAUCUCGGAACAAAGUGUCUGCUGACAUGGCAAUCAGAACCGGUGACUGCAGAUGCGCUUUACAAUUGCAAAGGUAAUGUAGAUAAAUUAGAGAACGUUAUAUGAUACUAGCCAAGACAACUUCUGUUGUAAAUCAGAGGGCAAGGUUUUUCUGAAUCAGAUGUAAUAAAUUACUAAGUAAUAAUUUACAAAAAAUAAUUACUAAGUAAUAAAGGAUAGAGACUGAUUUACAGAAAUAAGCAGAUGUUACUUUUACCAGUCAGAUUGCUUGUAAUCAUUUUCUAUUGACACACAGUUUGUUUCAUAUACUGUAUGCAUAUUUUUAUUCCCUUUCUGUGGGUGAUUAAAAAAUGCAAUGUAGUGCACGAGAACAUUGCCCAACUUCACUGGUAGUUCCAAUACAUGGAUGAUGUGUCUAUGCUGGAUCGUAGGGCUAGCAUUACAAUACUUUCAAGUUCUACUUAUUGUGCUGAUAUAGCUAGGAUGGGACAAAUACACACCCCCACUUUGUGGAUCUUACAGUAGAAUAACCAGUGUGUUCCUGUUGACUGAACUCGCUGUGCUAUCUGAAGGGGAAUGGAUGUUAUCACCAAACAGACUGAGUUAACACAAGAAUCGUGCGAAAAAUCUUUUUUUUUUUGAGUUUAGGAAUUACUUCCAGAAACUAAUAAAGGUAGUGAUUUCUGAUAGUAUUGAGUCUGUGAGAUUGUAACAUGUACUGAAACAACCUCAUGGAUGGUGGUGAAAUCUUUUUCAGCAAACAUAGCAAAGAGUUCGUUUAAUUUUUGAUGCUCUCGAGAGCAUGAUCCAAAAUAUCACAGAUGUCCAACGGAGCAUGCUGUCUAAAGCAAAAUGUUAAAUUCAGAUGAGUUGUUACAAAUAGCUGUAAGUACAAUCUCAGCCAAUAUAUGAUAUCACAAAAGGUUUCAUGACAAUAGUAGAGGGUCUCACCAUUCCGUUGCAUCUCAUGCACCUUCAUAAUACUGAUUUAUUGUGAGCACAGAUUAUAACUGCCGGAGCAUCUGUAUCUAUAUUACAGGCUCCACGUUGCCGAGGAGGGAACUGUAGCUACACCAGAAAAGUUUUAUCAGUUAUGUUUUAAAAAUUAGAACUUUAUGUAAUAAAGAAAGCAGCAACUAGGCAUAGCACCACACCAUAAAUAUGAAAACUAGAUGUUAUAUUUAUUAAAUAUAAUGGAAAUGGAGGGAGAGGAAAAAUGAGUCUUUUGUAAAAUAUAAAAAAUAUAUACUACAACAUUCCUUAAUACAACUGGAAAUUUUACUUUAGCAAGUAUAAAAAUAGUAGAGAAAAAUGCAGCUUCAAGCCCUUCACACUAGAGAUGAGUAUGUGAAAUAUCAAUGCAUAUAAUUAGCCAGUGGUCAUUAGAUGCUGCCCUGCAUAAACACAUCUGAUACUCCUGCAUUGCCUUCUGGGCUAAAAAUGUCAAAGUCAGGUGUUCAGUAACCUCAGUUGGAAAGAAAUGUCUGUUAGAAUCUCCUGAGAAAAGCCAUUUCCCUAGGAUAGACAUUUACCUCAAUGAUCGUGUAACACAGAACACUUGGCAUCGUCGCAAAAAAUUUGCCUUCGUGUUCUAGUCUCACCUAAUCGUAACCUUUGUCUUUCACAUGCUACUCAAAUCACUUUUCCUUUGUUUCCAUUGGUGUAAUUUUGAAAUGAUUCUGAGAUAUUUCAAGUCAGAUCAAUAACAUCCAAUUGCAAAUAUCUCUUUCAAUAUUUUAUACAUAGGUCUACUUUGAAAUUUAAAUCAAUAGUAUAUAAAGCCAAAAAACAAACGCUGAUUUGACAAAUUUACAGAAAUUGAGUGAAAAACAGAUGUGAUACUGUAAAAUUUCUGUUAGUUUUCUGGUAGAAUACUGAAGUAGCAGCCUUUGAUUUUUAAACACAAUUGUGAGCUUGUAACUGGACACGAGCUGCAUCAUUUUUUAGAACAAUGUAAUUCUUUAAACUAAGUAAGGAUAUAUGGUCAUGAGUGCUGUAGCACAGCACUUCUCAUGUGCUCACAACUAAAGCUCUUUAUGAAAAAUGAGGGCAUAACCAGUAACUCAUGGUCAGUGCAUAAUAAGUAUAAAAAGUUACCUGUGAGAGAUGUUUACUUAUGAAGAUUUUAUGCCUUUUCAAUUUAAAGAGCAACGUGUCUUGGAAUUUAUCUCAUACUAACAUUGGACGGGGACUAAUACUCGUUUGCACUCAGUGUGUCCUUACAUUCAAGGGCACACUGGACAGUGUAGAGCAGAUACAUAUAAACUAGGAUGUUGUGCUAAUUCCCAUAACUUCGCCAUGUGCUCUGCUGCAGAGCUGGAUUUAUAUGCCCUUAAGAAGGGAGAAGAAAAUCAAUUGAAAUAAAUAUGAAGAUAUGGUCAUUGUAUCAUGUCACUUAGCUUCAGAGCAAGAUGUCAUUAACCCUUAUUUCACAUAGAAAAACCAGAAGGAGAGAAUGAUGAACAUGAAUAAAGUGAUUAAAUUUGUGGCUCACAAAGCUGUUUCUUGAGUAUUUUAUCCACUUGUUUUUCUUCAUGAAAAAACAUCGCUCAAAAUAGAGACAUGUCUGUAGCUAGACUGGAUCCCAGGUGUAACACUUCUGGCACAAGCCUUUUCAUGCACGCCUCGUGUCCCACGAGGCUUUGGUGAGAUGUGACGGCAUGGCAGGAUGCUUCUCCUAGGAUAGGACGUGGCGCUGCUCAUACUGGCCGCCCCUUAUGAGACUGUAUGUUUCUGCGUUGGCCUGUCUUGCCGAGAUAUGGACAAAUAAAGCCUGGUGUGAGCGCUGUCUGUUUGAAAAGUCACUAGAAUGCAUGUUUCAUUUGCUCUUAUGUAAGGUUAGUUUGAACUUGUUCCCUGUCUAUGUGUUGACAACCCAGUUGUGAAGGUGAAACAUACUUUUCUUGAAUGAAUGAUUCAAUCCUUAAAUCAAUGUCAUAGUUUUUGCUACCACUGAAAUAUCAUCACAGAGGCCAUAUUAUUGCCUGUCUUCUCACAGCUCUAUAGUUUGUACUCUUGCCUGGGUAAAAUUAGGUUUUUCAUUCUUUUUGUCACUCAUUCUUUUGUAUCUGACAUGUUUAUGUUCAUACACACAAAAUUUCACAAUCUUAGUUACUUUGUUACUUCCAAACAAACAUGAUUUCAAAACAAGGGUGAUUGUAUGCCUGGUUUUUCUGCUCCUCCAAUUCUGAAAUUAUUUGUUUGCUUUCUGUGUGUUACAAAAAGUACAGAUGGUAGGGAGGGACAUAUUAUUUCUAAUUGUGUUACACAGUCUGUGCCUAUAUUUGCAUUCCUUUCCAUUUCCACCUUGUCCCUUUUUUUUACAGAUUUGAUUUUCCCUUCCCUUUGUGAAAACCGAAAUUGAGCAGCAUUGUACCUCAGAUGUGGUGCCCAAAAAAAGCGUCUUUGUUUCUCAGUGUCUUCUUCCACGAGUUUCUGCAAAUCUAAGGCUCAGUAAAUCUCGCACACCUCCCAAUCUCUUGCAUUGGGUUCUAACUUUUUAGAGCCACUCCCCUGAGAAAAGUGAAAUGCCGAGGAGGAACGCUCUUGUCUGUGGAUAAGCCAGCCAGGAAGUCUGCUUUUGAAGAGUAUUUCUUAAAUGAUUAUACAGGAAAGUAAAUACCAUAAUAUGGUAUUCUGUUUAACGUACGUCAUAAGUACAUGAAUGCCUAAAACCUCGAUUCCUUAGUCUAUUUCCCUUUAUGUGUAAAUUACGUAUAUAUUAAAAAGAGAGAGAAUAAAAGAAUAAGGGGUAUUAUAGUGGUGGCUCUUUGCUACGUUGGUUCUAACUGCAUCAGCAUUUCUAUUGUGGACCUCUAUUUUCAGGGGUUUUAGAGACUCGCCCAUAAAAAUUUGCUUCAGGCUUAAAAGUCUUGAAAAGAUUUUUUUAGGUAUAUAAUUUUAAACAAAUAUAUCUUGUUUUUAUAUUAUAGGAGGGAAAUAAAUGGAGUUUACUAGUUCAAUUUUACGCUAAUAUAACUUUUAAUAAACUUAAUUUUUUAACAAAAACAUAAAAUCUAAUUAGUCCAUAGUCUAUUGAUGGUUUUUUAAAAGAAACAAUUAUUGACAUUGAGAAAAUUGCCUGCUCCAUCAGUAUAGUAACCUAUCUUCAAGAUGUUUUAAAACUUGUAUACCUGUAUUAACAUUAUCUUGAUCCCAAUGGUGGAUCAGUCUGAUAAUGAAUGCCAUUUAUGCCAUCCAUACAAGCUAUCUGGUAAUAUAGAUUGGAAAUAUAUAGUAUAUAUAAUAUAUGUAUCUAUACACACACAUAUAUGUGUGUGUGUGUAUAGAUAUAUAUAUUUACUAGAUAAAGGGGAAAAGCUCCCAUAAAUUUAGUUUGUCAAAUAAAUACUAUAUAUAUUAAAAGAAAUUGCACAGACUUUUAUCUUUCAGAGUCAGAAUGAGAUGCAAGCAACUGCAAAGGAAAGUUGUCUCUUGGGUAAACAAUACACAUUUUAUAGCUUCUUUUUUCCUUCUAUAUUGUGGUUAUGGGAAAUUAAAAGAAUUUAAUGCAUAAAAUUCAUGCAGAUUUUAUUUAAAUAGCAUUAAACUGUGAAGCAGAGAGAAACACUUAAGAAAUUAAAUAUUUAGGCCAUUAUCUUUUGGUUGUCUAACAAUACUUUACCUUUAUGCUAAUUCCCCAUGAUGUUUUCACUUAUGGAGAGAGUAUUAAAGUCUAACCUUGAGUGUCUGGAUUGUUCCCAUUAUACUCAACACUAUUUCAUUAAGUUUUUGAUAAUAUGUAGUCUUCUGUGUGCAAGCAAAGAAAGAAAUAACACAGUUAUUUGCUGAAUGGGUUUUAAAGUUUGCACAUUGUUAGUGGUUUUCUGCCCACACAGGAUUCAAUACAUUUAUACCAUCUUAAAUCUGGCAUAUAUAUAUAUUUUUUCAGAUAGCGUCUACUGACAAACACAAAGCUUGUUUGUGUGCAAAGAUAAGGCUAAAUAAAUGGUGCUAAAGUGUAUUAUGACUGUCAGAUAAAAUCAGGCAAAAUUUUGUGGUGCUUAAAUUAAUUUUUUCAUUGAUUUUAUUGAUCAAUGCAUUGAACAGUGUUUAUUAUUCACAAGUUGUCUUUUAUUAGUAAAUCAAGGCCUCAUGAGCACAUUGUUAAAUAAAACGGUUGACUAGUCUAUGUAACAGCUCACCAAGCUACUAUCUCUUUAACUCCUUAUAAUGUUGCGUCAUUAAAGGUCAAGGGGUCACGCUAUUAAUCUCAUCGCUGUAGACCAUUAACACGACUGAACUUUUCCACGAAGUACUUAUGUUUACAUGCUGUAACCUUUGACUGCUGCGGCAACCUUAACCACACCGAUGUCACAAGCUGGAACCACCAGCAUGGCUCUGGCCAUGGCAAUCGAGGAGUUAAGGGCUGUGCAGUGAUUUCUUUUGUAUUUAUUAAUUUAUAUUUAUUUUGUUUCCAUUCGAGGAGGGGAUUUUUGGUGGGGCAGUUUUUGUCUGCUGUAAGUGUCUUAACCUAGGGAAGGGUUAAAUGGCUUUUUAUACUAUUGCAUCUUCUGUAUUUACCAUCAAUUCAUUGUGUUGUAAUUAAAAAAAGA